CUUGGCUCCCCAACAAUAGAGUGGUGCAUACCACUGUCGCCGCUCACUGCGGGGACAUUUACCGGCCGAAGAGCGCCCUUUCUGCACGUUCUCUACGUCAAGCCUCGCAACACACCCGCGCAACACUCGCACGGUCCUUUUUUUUGAACAGACACAUUUCGGAUAUCGUCUCCACGGGCACAAUUAGGUGCACAUUUCGCUGAUCUCUACUUGGCGGGUCCCUUCGGAAGAAAGUAGCCCGGUUCUCCGCGUCAUCCGCCUCUUCUUGCACGGAGGAGCACAUUUGAUACGAGGGACAGUCAUGGACACAAACCGGGGAUUUAAACGCUUGCACAUGGCGGCGUGCUCUGCAGCACAAUGAGGACGGAAUAAGGCAACAACAACAACAAAAAGAGGGGGACUUGAUCAAAGUAAACAGGGGACGGCGUUGUAGCAGAAGCAUGCCGCUGGUGAAGCGCACUAUCGAGCCCAGGCAUCUGUGCCACACGGUGCUGCCCAGGAACAUCAAGAACGAGCUGGAGUGCGUGACCAACAUCUCCUUGGCCAGCGUCAUCCGCCAGCUCAGCAGCCUCAGUAAAUAUGCAGAAGAUUUGUUCGGGGAGCUUUUUAAUGAGGCGCACACCUUUUCCUUCCGGGUCAACUCCCUACAGGAGCGCGUGGACCGCCUCUCCAUCAGCGUCACACAGCUGGACCCCAAAGAGGAAGAAUUGUCAUUACAGGACAUCACAAUGAGGAAGGCCUUCAGGAGUUCCACUAUCCAAGACCAGCAGCUGUUUGACCGCGAGUCGCUGCCAGUUCCAAUGCAGGAGACCUUCCAGGCUUGCGAGCAACCGCCACCUCUCAACAUCCUUACGCCUUACAGAGAUGACGGGAAGGAAGGCCUAAAGUUCUACACCAAUCCUUCCUACUUUUUCGACCUGUGGCGAGAGAAGAUGCUGCAGGACACGGAAGACAAGCGCAAGGAGAGGCGGAAACAGAAGUUGCAGGACCCCCGCAUGUAUGAUCAGGUCUAUAGGUACUUAGACCUUCCUGGGCAGCUGAAGGCCGUAGACCGCCCUCAGGACGGCGAGAAGGUGCCCCGGGCGCCGCACGACCGCAAGAAGGAGUGGCAGAAGCUGGCGCUGGGUGCGGAGUUGGCGCAGGACAUACCUGACAACAAGCACAGGGAGGCCAACGGCUCUGUUGGCUACUCUGACAACAGGGCUCAGUUGUACAUGGAACAUUUGGACGGGCCGUUCUCGCUGGCGGCACUGCCCUACAGCCAGAUGAACGAGCUGCUGAGCCGUAGCGGGGACAGAAUGUAUUCCCGGCCCAAUGACCCUCCUCCGCCUCCGCCAGCCAUGCACCCGCUGGGGGAGAUCAAGCCGCCCUCUGUCAUCAGUUCCAGUUCAGGUUUUUCAGACAGCAGACCUCAGUCCCCAGCAAGGACGGCGGGCCUCAGCAACGCCCACCCACCUCCGCCGCCUCCUCUCCCCCCGCCGCCGCCCCCUCUACCGUCCUCUGGUUUACGUGGCACCCCUCCUCCCCCUGUUCCUCCCCUACCGGUCCAACACCAAUCCCUGGCGAUGCCCCCUGCCCCGGCCCCUCCACAGAUUGCCCCAGGGGUGCUCCACCCUGCUCCUCCGCCAGUGGCGCCCCCGCUUCACUCCUCUUCCCCGGCCCGCCUCCAGCAAGUCCUGGACAAGGGCCUGGGGGCGGAUGGCACGGUCCUGCCUCCUCCGCCGCCGCCUCCUCCUCUGCCCUUCGCCGGAGCGCGAAGCUCCUCACCCUGCCCGUCGGGGCCCCCGCCUGUGCCGGCGUUUCCGUCGGCGGGGGCGAUGGCAUCCCCGCCUCACCACUCCAUGCACGAUAUGGGAGCCAAGAGGCACCAUCCCGCCAACCUGCCACCUAUCAGCGAUGCUCGCAGUGUUCUGUUGGAGGCCAUACGAAAAGGCAUUCAGCUGCGAAAGGUGGAGGAGCAGCGAGAGCAAGAGGCUAAACACGAGCGAGUGGGCAACGACGUGGCCACCAUCUUGUCCCGACGCAUCGCCGUGGAGUACUCCGACUCGGAGGACGAGUCAGAGUUUGACGAGGGGGACUGGAUGGAAUGAUAGCCAGCCUGCGGACACCUUUUUUCCUUUUGCGUCUGUCUUGUCGUGGAGAACUUCCAUUGCUGUCCGUGUUGUGGUCUUUUUUUAGUGGACUUCAUUCCGUUCUGUUUUCUUUUAAGAAGAACCACUUUUUCCUUUUCUUUUUUCGUGUCUUACCUGUAUUGUAUAAAAGAAAACAAAAAAAAGACAUGAAGGCAUGUUGCAUUUAGUUCUUUAGCACAUUUUCACCACCUAGUGGAUGGAUAUAAUAAUAUUACAUGCUCUUUUUUUUUUUGCUUUUUUGUUUUUUAUCAACAUACCUGCAGUUUUCUCAGGCUCCAUUGCUUCAUGUAUCCUCAGAACAAAAACAGUGUGUUGAUCGAGGGACUGCACAACCUUUAACCCCAGGGAAAUACACGCUUGGAGCGUCUCUCCCUGUCCAGGUGGUGUGGCGUCCUCCAAGGGCCGCACAUGCUUGUCCAUAUCAGGAAAGACGAAUCUCUGAGCCAUUAUUUUUAAGAGUGUUGUACUUGUCACAAACAAGGACACCUGUGAGUGGAUGCCGCUGUAGUUGUCCCAAAUUAAUAUUUAGUCCAGGUACAAUUCAUACACCAACAAUGAAGGCAGCUUCCCCCUCCACACACACAGAGAUACCCUUUACUGUGUAACGAGAGGCCUUACCUCGUUUGCUUCUACGGGAAAAAAAACAGUUUCGUGUGAUUAAGACGUUCUGCCAUCAUUUCUGUCUGUCCUGUUCUUUCUUCGACUUGCCUUAUCGUCCGUACAAAAAACAACACGUGUCGUUGAGUUGAUGAAUGUAUCGUGCCGUUACUACUUACUUGCCUGCGCUUGUAUGGAUUUGCUCUUUCUGUUUGGGGGGGUGAGGAAGGACGGAGGGGAUGGGGAAAGGCGGCAAAAAAGCCUGGUUCGGAAGACA